AUGCAUAUAAUAUGUAUUUUGUGUAGAGGAAUUGAAAGCCAAGAAGAGAAAUUGGAUAAAGAAGAUGAAGAAAGUAAUAAUGAAGACGCAAAUAAAAAUAGAUUAGUUUAUAAUAAUUAUUAUCAGAAAGGUGAAGAAUUGA